CUAUUCAAAUGCAGGCAGCACAACUACACCGGCGUCGCUCUGCGUCCAUAUGGUAGAUGCCGGCUUGUUAUCCUGUGAGCUGAUUGGCCAGUCGGUUGGCUGCUGCACAGCAGGAGGCGUCACAACGAACCGUCACCGCUGCAGCAUCCUCCGGUAACCAGGGGGCGGUGUCUCGCGGUUGCUAGGGAACCCUGGUAAGAAGGGAUCGACGCCUGAUUGAGUCGUGAUGUAAACGCUCGUGCCUGGCAUCGGAUUAAAGUGCAGGUCCGCACUCGUGGCUUGAGCUGCGGAGCUCUUUGUUCAGAUCAGUUUAUAAUUCGGAGCGAACCGAGCAAAGGCGUCACCGUCGCCGAGUCUUCUGGUGAAUUUCCUGGUUUAUAAUUAAUUAUUUUCCGCCCAGCUCUGGCUUGAGAACAGGUCGUGUGUUGCAACAGGUCGUAGAUAAACACCAGCACACUGCGUUCAGACGGGAGAACCGGAGCUCGUUCGAGUGUGGAUGUAACGUCGAAGCGGAACCGUCAACAUGAUGCCGAUGUUCCUGACAGUGUACCUGAGCAGCAGCGAGCAGCACGUCGCUGAGGUCCCCGUUACCCCGGAGACGCUGUGUCGGGACGUCCUGGAGAUCUGCAGAGAGCCAGGGGAGAGCCAGUGCUACCUGGCCGAGCUGUGGAGGGACACGGAGCGUGUGGUGUCGGACUGUGAGCGGAUGCAGGACGUGUUGCAGCGCUGGGGACAGCAGGGAGAGGAGCUACGCUACAUCCUGAGGCACCAGCCACCUCCAGUCAGGCCAACCGCUGAUGACCAGAGGUUUGCCAAGACGUUGUUCUCAGAGAACUCGGUUUCCUGGACUCUAGCUGACCUACAGGACAUGGCGACGCGACAACAAGAACAGAUCCACGUUACACAGCAACUACUGGUCUCCAAGGAGCAGAGGCUGCGCGCCCUGAGGCAGCAGGAGCUGCAGGAGGUGCAGCGGUCGGAGCAGGAGCGCCUCCUCCAGCUGAGGGAGAACGCCCUGACCCAGGAGACCAAGCUGAGGAGGGUCCGGGCCGUCCGCACCCAGGUGGAGCAGAAACGCCUCAGCAACAGCAAGCUAGACCCUACUAUAUACGUACUUCCUGUGUGUGUAGUGGAGGAGGUGGAGCAGAUGUCGGGGCUGUUCCAGCAGAAGCAGCGGGAGCUGCUGGCUGCCGUGGCGAGGGUGGAGGAGCUCAACCAACAGCUGCAGAGCCUGAGGAGCAGGGCGGAGCCGUCUCCCCAGAGCCCCGCCCACGCCACCCAGCUGGACCUGCUGUAUAAGGAGCUACAGUUGCGCAGCAGGCUGAACCAGGAGCAGGGGGCGCGGCUCCAGCAGCACCGGGACACCCUGACGCGGCGCAACACGGAGGUGGGCGUGAUGGAGCGCCGUGUGGCCGAGCUGCGGCAGCGGCUCUGGAAGAAGAAGGCAGCGCUGAACACCAAGGAGAGCCCGCCGGUGUUGGACUGCCAGCCCCCCCAGCCCAGUGCCCCCUCCAGGGUGGCGGCCGUGGGGCCAUACAUCCAGUCCUGUGGCCCCCAGGGGCUCCCCGUACCCCAACGACAGGAGGUACUGGGGAAGACAUCGUACCCGGAGGGUUACUCACCUGAUCCAGCUCUGAUGCCCCCACCCCUACCCGCCAAGCCCUCCUCAGGUUUCCAGACCGCACACUCCUCCACCCUCCCCCGCAUGUCCGCCCAGCACCGCCACGACACAGAUGACUUCGAUGUCCCGCCCCCUGUUCCAUCUCGGACCACCGCGGACCCGCAGUUGAAGACGGCCCCCCCGGUGCCCAGUAAACCCAGACUCUUCACCCCGACCCCGACCCCCCACAGCCCCGGGACCGGCGCGGGCAGAACCCGGGGCCCGGCCAGCCAGUGCCACACCCUGCCCCUCCCCCACAAGCAGGACAAGACGCCGGCCGCGGCCGUGCGACCUUUCACCCCUGACCCGCCUCCAGCCAUGCCCCCGCUGCUGCAGAAGCCCAAGACGGUGGCGACGUCGUCCAUCUACUCCAUGUACACGACCCACGCCUCGCACGCCAAGGCGGGGGGCGGGACCCUGCCCCGCGGCCCGGCCAGAGUGUACGGGAAGCCCCUCCUCCCGGCCAGCGGGGGGCAGCAGUCAGACAGCGGCGUCCAUUUUGGAUCGUGUCUAUCCGACGGCGAGGAACCGGAGCUGCUGGGCGGAGCCUGCACCUCCUCCACCUCCACCUCCGUCACCGCCGCCGCCGAGGCUCCGGAGCAGGCGGAGCGCACCGCCCCCCGGCCCCUCAGCCCCACCAAGCUCCUCCCCUUCCUGUCCCAGCACCCCCACCGUAACCCUAGCGACGCCGACCUGGACGCGCUGCGGCGGCGGCUGCGCCUCGCCCCGCGGCCGCUGAAGAAGCGCUCCUCCAUCACGGAGCCCGAGGGCCCCGGGGGGCCCAACAUCCAGAAGCUGCUCUACCAGAAGACCACCCUGGCCGCCAUGGAGACCGUGGAGCCGGUCGCCGCGGGGACCGCCUCGCGCGACGGCCUCCGCCCGGUGGGGGCAGAGAGCGAGGAGCGGCGAGGCGAGGGCCCGCCUCCUCUGCCCCCCCGCUCCCCCCUCCCUGACUCCUCCUCCUCCUCUCACGCCCUGCCGCCCCCCCUGGAGGAGGACGAGGGGGGAGAGGUGAGGGCCCCCCCCCCCCAGGACGAGUUCCCUCCAUACCCCCCCCCCCCUUACACCUGCAGGGGUCAGAAGGAGGAGGAGCCUGAGGUCACCGCAGAGGCCACCCCGCCCCCGGGUAAGAGGUCCAACCUGCGGCAGGCGGGUUCUGAACGGACCAACCACGGGAUGAGGGUCCGCUUCAACCCGCUGGCCCUGCUGCUGGACUCCUCCCUGGAGGGGGAGUACGACCUGGUCCAGAGGGUCAUCUACGACGUGGAGGACCCCAGCCUCCCUAACGAUGAGGGCAUCACGGCGCUGCACAACGCUGUGUGCGCCGGACACGUGGAGAUCGUCAAGUUCCUCGUCCAGUUCGGAGUCAACGUCAACGCCGCCGACAGCGACGGGUGGACCCCGCUCCACUGCGCGGCCUCCUGUAACAACGUGCAGGUGUGUAAGUUCCUGGUGGAGUCAGGCGCCGCCGUGUUCGCCACCACCUCCAGCGACCAGCAGACCGCCGCCGACAAGUGUGAGGAGCUGGAGGACGGAUACGCCCAGUGCUCCCAGUUCCUCUACGGGGUCCAGGAGAAGAUGGGGGUGAUGAACCGGGGCGCGGUGUACCCCCUCUGGGACUACGAGGCGCAGCAGGAGGACGAGCUCAGCCUGCAGGAGGGCGACGGGCUGCUGGUGCUGAGCAGGGAGGAGGGCUGGUGGUGGGCCCGCAGCGGGGGCCGCCAGGGCUACGUGGCCCGCAACCUGCUGGGGCUCUAUGCGAGGAUUAAGCCCCGCCAGAGGACCUUGGCUUAACUCACCUGGUCUUCCUGGUCCAGCCUGGUGUCACCUAGACCAGCCUGGUCCCACCAGGUCUAACUGUCCUCACCUGGUCUGACUGGGCCCUAUGUUGGAUCCAACCGAACAAGCAGUGUGGCCUCACUGUAGCACUGAUAAAAGCACAACAACCAUCCUAAAGACUUUAACCUUAAAAGCACAUCUCCUGUAGAGCAGACAGUGACAGAACAAUCAACCAUCUCAAAGACUUUUACCUUGAAAGCAGAUUUCCUGUUGAGCAGGAAACCGUGAAACAGAAAAAUCCACUACUUAAUUAGAGUUUCCAAACAGACAAAAUAGCCGUAGGGUCCCCUCAUACACUGCUGCCUGCUAUUGGUCCGUAGACCACAUGAUUGACUGCUAUUGGUUCACAAGACCACGUGAUUGACUGCUAUUGGUUCACAAGACCCAGUGAUCCUCCUCUUUCCGAGUCUCCGUUUGGGCGCCCACCAGGGUUUGGUUUGAGGUAGAUCGGGCCGUUCCAUCAGAGGAGGGGAGAGGGGUGGAAACCAGAGCAGGUCCGUGUGUUUCUUACCUCUCUGUGAAUGUAGAAUGCACUCAAAAUAUUAGUGCAGUGAUUUGCUUCCAGACACGCAUGGGUUAGCCAACAGCACCCAAAAUAUACACAUUGGACCAAUCAGUGCCUGAAGAGCUGAGCCCACCUAUCAGAGAGGGCCGCCUCGGUGGAAUGUAUUCUGGUCCUGCUGACUCCGCCCACCUGUGCCCUGGAGGCGGAGUCCGGUUCUGUAUGAUAAGGCCGCGUCCCACGUGUCCUUCACUUGCUCCCUCAGUCCCUACUCCCUAGGUGGUGAACACUUUGUAGGCCACUAUUUAGGAAACAAGGAUAGGAGGGUUUAUGCUCUGGGAAUCCAUUUGCGUCCCGUGUAUCGGUCGCAUAAACAGAGCGACAGUGAUGUGACGUAAAUGGCAUAAAUAAUUCAUAAAUACAGAAAAAAAUGCUAUGCAUCAUGGGAUAUCAUGGGCAUCAAAUAAAUAGUAUUAUUUUUAUACAGUGCAUUGUGGGUUUAAGGAGGGCACUAUUGGGAACAAAAUAUGUGCUUCUAAAUGUCAGACAACACUACACAAUGGUGGCACUCUAAAUAGUGCACUAAGGGCGCGAAAAUAGUCGACAAAUUCGAAAACAGCCAUAGUUCCUCUUUAAUCUGGACUCCGAUUGGACGAUAGUUUGUCUUUAUUCUUUACUUUGAUGUUUUUAACUGUCGCUGAUCCUGGCUGCCUGUGAUUGCUCUAGUGUGAACUUUUGACCUUCUGUAUGCGACCUCUGACCUGCUAUACGUGUGGCUCUGAACAUGAAUGUUGAAUUUCCCUCCUUAAUCAAAGCACAUGCUAACGUUACUGUUAGCACGCGACCAGCUAGCUGUAGCUGAAGAGUGUACAGCGCCGGCGGGCAGAAAGCUGAUAUUAAAAGAAAGUGGUGCGCAAA